CCGAACUGGACGCGUCUCUGUGCGAACCCGCCAAGAAAUCCCGCCGUGUUGCACGCUCCGCCAUGUUUCUCUAGAGCAGAGAUGCUGCUGGAGUCCUGAAGCGGCGGCAGGAUGGUCGGGGACGCAGCCGCCAACAGCACCACCUGGCUCCACCUGCUCAACUCCUCCAGUGAGCCGAGCCUCGCCGGGCAGGCGGAGCGGCCGUACCGGGACUACACCACCGCCGCGCAGGUCCUGGUCCUCGUCGGGUCCCUGAUCGGAAACAUCACGGUGCUGUGGUGCACCUGCUGCACCAGCGUCUUCAAGUCUGUCACCAACCGCUUCCUGAAGAACCUGGCGUGCUCGGGCAUCGGCGCCGGCCUGGUGUGCGUCCCCUUCGACGUGAUGCUGAGCGUCAGCCCGCGCUGCUGCUGGUGGCUCCACGCGCUGCUGCUCUGCAAGCUCCUCAAGUUCCUCCACAAGCUCUUCUGCUCCGUCACCGUGCUGAGCUACAGCGCCAUCGCGCUGGACAGGUACUACUCGGUGCUGUACCCUCUGGAGAGGAAGAUCUCAGACGCCCGGUCCAGGGACCUGGUCAUCUACAUCUGGGUGCACGCGCUGCUGGUGAGCCUUCCCGUCUUCGCGGUCACCAACGUCACGGACGUCUACGCGACAUCGUCCUGCUCCCAAGACCACGCCCGCUCCCUGGGUCACAUGGUGUACGUGCUGAUCUACAACAUCACCACGGUGAUCCUGCCGCUGGGCCUGGUCUUCCUCUUCAUGCUGCUCAUCCGCCGAGCGCUCAGCGCCAGCCAGAAGAAGAAGGUGAUCAUCGCCGCCUUACGGACGCCUCAGAACAGCGUCUCCAUUCCGUAUGUGUCGCAGAGAGAGGCGGAGCUUCACGCCACCCUGCUGGCCGUGGUGCUGGCCUUCACCGUCUGCAGCGCCCCCUACGGGGUCCUGGUUGUUUAUCGCACUCUUCUAGCUGACGGCGUGGAUCUCCCAGGCUCCCUCUACCGCACGGCGCUGUGGCUACCCAAAGUCUCCUUGGUGACAAACCCGGUUCUGUUCCUGACCGUCAACCGCUCGGCUCGCCACAGCUGGAUGGACCUCCUGGUCCGGAUUCACCGGCGCUACAGUCGCAGGAACAUGGUCAGCACCGGGGGCCUGGCUUCCCUCGGGCCGGACGCUGUAAUCGGCGAGCCGGUGGGACUGGAGACUGCCGGGCGCUCAGGGAGUCAACUCCUGGAGAUGUUCAACAUCGGCCAGCAGCAGAUCUUCAAACCCUCCGAGGAGGACGAGGAAGACGAGGAGAUCCCUUCAAAAGGAAGCCACAAAUGUCGGCCAAGGAUAGGGAGCAACAAGGGCGACGAGAUACCGGAUAAGGAUUUCGUGCCGGGGUCAGGUGGAGCUUCCAUGGCAGCACCUCGAACUCCGCCGGUGCACACCUGCACUUACACCUCCUGCUCCCAGGUGGCGCCAGCGACGCCUACAGAGACAGAGGACACCACACAGUUUGGUUUCGGGCCGUUCGAGUUACCGCCGCAGUGGCUGCCCGAGACCAGGAACAGUAAGAAGCGGCUGCUGCCUCCGCUGGGGAACACGCCCGAAGAGCUGAUCCAGACCAAACUGCCCCGGCCGAGACCAGAGAGGCGGAUCAGCAGGAACAACAAGGUCAGCACCAUUCCCGCCGUGGACCCCUGAGAGGCCCGGUCCGCUUUCCUUCAUCAUGUCCAGCACAAUCGUGACACCAGCAGGAGCUUUCCAGCAGAAAUAUUUUGUGAUGUGUCGACAAUGUUUCCCUGUACAUGUGAGUGGCAGACGGAGUUUUGAUCCGACGAACCAGCGUUGAUUCUGAUCGAGUCUGUGAACACGCCUCCACCCCUGCUGGACCUCUGUGUGGUUCCCCCUGAUGUUGGUCCUGUCUUUGUCUUUCCUGCCCGUGAGUCUGAUGUGAUGAUACGUGUGCAGUAUGCAAAUACAUGUUGAGAACAUGAAGCCUUUAAAAGUUGUUUUUGUGUGGGUUAAUCCAAGAUGGCCGCCUUCCUGUUGCUCGUAGGAACCAUUCUUGAGUUGUGAGCAAAGCAGGUGACUUCUGCGUCAUUCUGCUCCCUCCCUCACAGCGUUGAAGGGCCAGAGAGGUCGCGUGGUUUCACAGAGCAUUGUGGGCCGCGGCAGUCGGCAGACUUUGUUGUGAUGACAGAAAGCUGCGCUGCGACCGCUGCAGCCGUCAAGAGUCUCUCAGGGUCUCGGCCUCAGACUGGGAGGACUGUGCGUUUCUGUUCAAUACCGCCGGAGACCGACAGAGACCACUGUCAGGACUGGAAAGCAAAACUGCUAAAAGAAGGAUUCUGGCUUACAGUUGUGUCUUUGAUAUUGAUCAGGAGUCUCAAACAGAUCCACCAGAGGUCCUCGGUGGGCGCAUGUUUUGGUUCCUCACUAGUCACAAGGCAGCCCAAACACCAGUCAGGUUGUUCCAGCUCAUACUGUCCUGGUCUUGUCUCGUCUCCCCAGUCUCGAUAAUGUCGCCUCAGUCAGUCCCAGCACCUGAUGCCAGGUUCUCUGGACUGGUUGGUGAGGAGACAGCCGGAACCUGCCAAGCAAUAAGUCUCGUGACUGCGCUGGCGUUCAAAGCCAUGAGACGAAAGCACCAUUGAGCCGCUGAAAUCACCAACCGCUUCAACCUGGCAACGGCAGUCGUGUAGCGGGAAUCGAACGUCGCUUGUGACGGAGAGCCGAUCUCCUCCAAUGGUGAGAACAGAUGAGACACUGAAGUGAGGUGGCUCUGUUAGGUGGUGACUGCAAACACAGUCAUCUGCAGCGCAAAUAUUUAUCAGUCCGUCAGGCCCGAGCUCCCCACAGUCCCCUGCUGCGUUUACAAAGGAGUCAGCUCUGCGCAGACUGGGAGGGAAAUAUUAGGAUUCCGAGUGGCGUCGCGUCCAUAUGAGGCAAAA